AUGCACAGUCUGGAGUGGUGUGUGGCCACUUGGAGACACCAGUCAGACCUCUCACUCAAACCCCACAGUUUGGAGAGGUGUGUGGCCACUUGGAGACACCAGUCAGACCUCUCACUCAAACCCCACAGUUUGGAGAGGUGUGUGGCCACUUGGAGACACCAGUCAGACCUCUCACUCAAACCCCACAGUCUGGAGAGGUGUGUGGCCACUUGGAGACACCAGUCAGACCUCUCACUCAAACCCCACAGUCUGGAGAGGUGUGUGGCCACUUGGAGACACCAGUCAGACCUCUCACUCAAACCCCACAGUCUGGAGAGGUGUGUGGCCACUUGGAGACACCAGUCAGACCUCUCACUCAAACCCCACAGUCUGGAGAGGUGUGUGGCCACUUGGAGACACCAGUCAGACCUCUCACUCAAACCCCACAGUCUGGAGAGGUGUGUGGCCACUUGGAGACACCAGUCAGACCUCUCACUCAAACCCCACAGUUUGGAGAGGUGUGUGGCCACUUGGAGACACCAGUCAGACCUCUCACUCAAACCCCACAGUCUGGAGAGGUGUGUGGCCACUUGGAGACACCAGUCAGACCUCUCACUCAAACCCCACAGUCUGGAGAGGUGUGUGGCCACUUGGAGACACCAGUCAGACCUCUCACUCAAACCCCACAGUCUGGAGAGGUGUGUGGCCACUUGGAGACACCAGUCAGACCUCUCACUCAAACCCCACAGUCUGGAGAGGUGUGUGGCCACUUGGAGACACCAGUCAGACCUCUCACUCAAACCCCACAGUCUGGAGAGGUGUGUGGCCACUUGGAGACACCAGUCAGACCUCUCACUCAAACCCCACAGUCUGGAGAGGUGUGUGGCCACUUGGAGACACCAGUCAGACCUCUCACUCAAACCCCACAGUCUGGAGAGGUGUGUGGCCACUUGGAGACACCAGUCAGACCUCUCACUCAAACCCCACAGUCUGGAGAGGUGUGUGGCCACUUGGAGACACCAGUCAGACCUCUCACCCAAACCCCACAGUCUGGAGAGGUGUGUGGCCACUUGGAGACACCAGUCAGACCUCUCACCCAAACCCCACAGUCUGGAGAGGUGUGUGGCCACUUGGAGACACCAGUCAGACCUCUCACCCAAACCCCACAGUCUGGAGAGGUGUGUGGCCACUUGGAGACGCCAGUCAGACCUCUCACUCAAACCCCACAGUCUGGAGAGGUGUGUGGCCACUUGGAGACGCCAGUCAGACCUCUCACUCAAACCCCACAGUCUGGAGAGGUGUGUGGCCACUUGGAGACACCAGUCAGACCUCUCACCCAAACCCCACAGUCUGGAGAGGUGUGUGGCCACUUGGAGACACCAGUCAGACCUCUCACCCAAACCCCACAGUCUGGAGAGGUGUGUGGCCACUUGGAGACACCAGUCAGACCUCUCACUCAAACCCCACAGUCUGGAGAGGUGUGUGGCCACUUGGAGACACCAGUCAGACCUCUCACUCAAACCCCACAGUCUGGAGAGGUGUGUGGCCACUUGGAGACGCCAGUCAGACCUCUCACUCAAACCCCACAGUCUGGAGAGGUGUGUGGCCACUUGGAGACACCAGUCAGACCUCUCACCCAAACCCCACAGUCUGGAGAGGUGUGUGGCCACUUGGAGACACCAGUCAGACCUCUCACUCAAACCCCACAGUCUGGAGAGGUGUGUGGCCACUUGGAGACACCAGUCAGACCUCUCACCCAAACCCCACAGUCUGGAGAGGUGUGUGGCCACUUGGAGACACCAGUCAGACCUCUCACUCAAACCCCACAGUCUGGAGAGGUGUGUGGCCACUUGGAGACACCAGUCAGACCUCUCACUCAAACCCCACAGUCUGGAGAGGUGUGUGGCCACUUGGAGACACCAGUCAGACCUCUCACUCAAACCCCACAGUCUGGAGAGGUGUGUGGCCACUUGGAGACACCAGUCAGACCUCUCACCCAAACCCCACAGUCUGGAGAGGUGUGUGGCCACUUGGAGACACCAGUCAGACCUCUCACUCAAACCCCACAGUCUGGAGAGGUGUGUGGCCACUUGGAGACACCAGUCAGACCUCUCACCCAAACCCCACAGUCUGGAGAGGUGUGUGGCCACGUGGAGACACCAGUCAGACCUCUCACUCAAACCCCACAGUCUGGAGAGGUGUGUGGCCACUUGGAGACACCAGUCAGACCUCUCACUCAAACCCCACAGUCUGGAGAGGUGUGUGGCCACUUGGAGACGCCAGUCAGACCUCUCACUCAAACCCCACAGUCUGGAGAGGUGUGUGGCCACUUGGAGACACCAGUCAGACCUCUCACUCAAACCCCACAGUCUGGAGAGGUGUGUGGCCACGUGGAGACACCAGUCAGACCUCUCACUCAAACCCCACAGUCUGGAGAGGUGUGUGGCCACUUGGAGAUGCCAGUCAGACCUCUCACUCAAACCCCACAGUUUGGAGAGGUGUGUGGCCACUUGGAGACACCAGUCAGACCUCUCACUCAAACCCCACAGUCUGGAGAGGUGUGUGGCCACUUGGAGACACCAGUCAGACCUCUCACCCAAACCCCACAGUCUGGAGAGGUGUGUGGCCACUUGGAGACACCAGUCAGACCUCUCACCCAAACCCCACAGUCUGGAGAGGUGUGUGGCCACUUGGAGACACCAGUCAGACCUCUCACUCAAACCCCACAGUCUGGAGAGGUGUGUGGCCACGUGGAGACACCAGUCAGACCUCUCACUCAAACCCCACAGUCUGGAGAGGUGUGUGGCCACUUGGAGACACCAGUCAGACCUCUCACCCAAACCCCACAGUCUGGAGAGGUGUGUGGCCACUUGGAGACACCAGUCAGACCUCUCACCCAAACCCCACAGUCUGGAGAGGUGUGUGGCCACUUGGAGACGCCAGUCAGACCUCUCACUCAAACCCCACAGUCUGGAGAGGUGUGUGGCCACUUGGAGACGCCAGUCAGACCUCUCAUUCAACCCCUUUAAACCCACAUUUUCCAGCAAUAUUCUUAACAUGUUACUGAAUAUAUCCAGAGUAUUUCAGAUUUCGUUAAUCAACAAAUAAUAUGAAAAGUACAGUAUAUGUAAAACAUAAAAUCAACAGUGUAACGUUUGAAUUCAGUCUUGUGUCAGGUGAACUGUUGUGGCCUCUCACCUAAGGUCUAAUCGUUUUCCCAUGAUCUCCAAACUGUUCCCUUUCAAUUGCUACCAUGGUUAUGCAUAUGCUUGUCAUAUUUCGUCUGUAAGAAACAUUUUAAUUCAGCCCUAUCCACGUAGGCCAAUUCCCAGGAGUGUAAAGGGUUAACCGGAAGGCCGGAAA